CGUUAGAGAGCGGUAUAAUUAUAUGGUAGUGUGGGUUCCAAGAAGAAGAACUGAUAUCCUCAAAAAUGGCUGCAAAAGGCACUGUUCCAAUGGCUGCAAUUGUCAUUGGUGGCACAGGGGCAACUGGAAAAAGUCUCCUCAGGAAUCUACUUCAAGCAAAAGACAAGGUUUCCAAGGUAACACUACUCAGUCGCAGUACUCUAACUUCAUUGGACGGUGUGGAUUUGUCAUCUGAGCAGAGCCAAGGCCGUCUAGUCCAGCAUGUUGAAGAUCUGGAGUCGGUGAGUGAUUCCAAAGUGAAAGAAGUGUGUACUGGUGGUCAUGUGCUCUUCAACUGCAUGGGGACGCAUUUGUCCCUCCUUUUCUUUGGAACUCCGAGUGCUUAUCGGACGGUAGCCUAUGAUGUCCCAGCUCGUCUUACCAAGCUAGCGCACCAAGCAGGAGUGGCCCAUUCCAGUGUGCUUACUGCCAUUGUGUCCAAUCCCAACAGCUGGUCACUGUACGUGAGGUGCAAGGGACAACUGGAGGCUAUUGGACAGGAGCUUUUCCCUUACACCUCAGCGUUUAGAGCUGGCAUGUUGGAUAGAGGAGAGGACAGCCGCUUUCUUGAGAAAAUUAGUUUACUGUUUAGUAGUGGACUGUCAGUGAACACGCUCUCAGAAGCCAUGUUUCUGGAUGCCCUAGCCUACCAUACCAACCGUCAGUCUGGUGAAGAGACCAGCAGUGAAGGAAAGAACACUCUCUCUAUCUUCUAUGAUAAUGACAUUCGUCAGAUUUGCAGAAGGUAUGAAAUAAUAUUGCAACGACUUUAUUUAUGGACUAUGGCUACUCAAUCACCCUCUUCACUGGCUGCAGUAGUCAUUGGAGCUACUGGAGCCACUGGCAAAUGUCUAGUACAGACUCUCCUAGCAGCUAAGGACAAGGUUGCCAAGGUCACAAUCCUAGGUCGUAGAAAGCUGGAGUCAAUUGAGGGUGUUGAUGUGUCUCAAGAGGAGAGCGAAGGGAGACUCGUACAACAUGUUCAAGAUCUCGAUGAGGUAACUGGUGAGAAAGUGAAAGAGUUGUGUACGGGAAGUCACGUGUUCUUUAACUGUCUCGGUUCCACAAGAGCAAAAGCUGGAUCUGCUGAUGCAUUCCGUCACAUAGACUUGGAGAUUCCAGUUCAACUGGCGAAGGCUGCUUGUGAAGCCGGUGUCCCUCACUGUAGUGUGGUCACGUCCCAAGGAGCCAACCCCAACAGCUGGUUCUUGUACACGCAAGUAAAGGGGCAGGUGGAGAAUGAACUGAAAGGAGUGGGCUUCUCUUACACCACAGUCUUCAGGCCUGGUGUACUCCGGAGGAGCGGAGAGGAACCGAGAUUUGGAGAAAAGCUUCUUUUAAUGUUGAUCAAGGGGAUGCCAGUGAGUCUGCUAGCUGAGGCCAUGUUCCACGAUGCCUGGGACUAUCAUGGCAAGUCUACCAGCGAGGCGACUGCUAAUUCAGCACUCUUCUAUGACAGUGACAUCAGGAGAAUUUGCCAGGAGAAGACGACACCUGCUGCUACGACUGAGUAAAGAACUUCAUUAAUAAUCCAUCAUGACAAUAAAUACAUGUAGACUAUAAAAAUGUAUGUCUAGAAUGUUUGCACAGAUAAUUAUAAUUAUCGUAAGAAUUUUAAUUGUCUUUUUUGUUCUGUUGUAACGUGUGUAACAAUAUACCAGCUGCUACUGCUACAUUGAGAGAGUCAAAA